AGAAAAAAAACCCCACCAUUUUCCUUAUACACACCUGUUUACCUAGUAGUCACUCGUGUCCAGUCGGUGUUAGAGUCCUCGUGAGUCAAUACAUAAUGAUUAGAUUAAUAAGUUGUUUUGUUUUUGCUGCAUUUUUGUGUAGUACUACAGAAUGUAAGCGCUACAGAUAUGAUUAUUCAUACGACUGUGACGUGGACGGAUGGUUCAAGCUUCACCUGGUGCCAACCACGUGGCACGACGCCUGGCUGCGCUGCCAGCUCGAAGGGGCAGUUCUAGCAUCUCCCGACAACAUAUACAUGAACCUGGCGAUGAGGAAUGUCAUGAAGAAUAAUCAAAUCACGUGGAAUGGCGUCUUCACUGGGAUUCACGCUACAUUCUCCAAAGGGGACUUCUUUUCCGUUGAAGGGAUUCCUUUAUCCAAAAUGCAAAUAGAGUGGAUGCCAGUGGAACCUGACAACAAGAUCAACAACGAAGACUGCAUCCUCUUGGUCUCCAACGGCACCAUCGCGGACGUGAACUGCGACGAAGUGCACCCUUACAUGUGCUUCAAAAAGAAGACCAAGAACAUGGUGUUUAAUGGAUGUGGUACAUUUGACCAAGAGUACAACUUGGACCCUCGGACCGGGAGCUGCUACAAGUUCCACCGCGUCCCCCGGAACUGGACCCGCGCGUUCAUGACCUGCGCAGCCGAGGGGGGGCACCUGGCCAUCAUCAACAGCGAGCAGGAAGCCAACGUCCUCCGAGAGCUGUUCGAGAAGAACCCACAGAAGUCCAUCAUCGCUGCUAUCCCUGGCAUCAUGAGGGACAUCAUGCACGUCGGAUUCCACGAUUGGGGCGAGCGUGGUGUCUGGACUACUAUUGACGGUAAAUCGCUCAUCGAGGCCGGGUUCAAUCUAUGGGCGGAGGGGCAGCCCGACAACGCGCCGCCGGGCGAGUACUGCGGGGGGAUGUUCCGCAACGGACGCCUGGACGACGUGUGGUGCCACGAGCGCGGGACCUUCGUCUGUGAGAAGAGCCCUGACAGCCUCCUACAUGAAGAAGAUCUUUCAAAAUAACCAGUUAUCAUCGUCACAAUCAUCAACAGUAUCAUCAUCUUCUGAUAGAGGUCUCCCAGUAAGAACCUUAGAAGAAUGAAAGAAGAAAGAGUUCCUUACACCUUGAGACCCUAACGGCCAUAAAGGGGGAGGAUGAAUUUGACGGCGCCCCACAUGACAAGUCGACCAACGCUGCCUUUUUUCGGUGUGGGGUUGCAACCCCAGCACCAUAUGGCCCUAAUGACCUUACUCGGCUCUUCUAAUUUUUGCUCCGUCUAUUGCCACGUCGUCUUUGCGACUCGUUGAGUUAUACGUCUUUGGUUUUUCUGAUUCGAUAUUUCCUUAUUUCUGAUUCGUUCAUAGAGAUAAUCCGAGCAUAGGUCACCAUCUCUUGUGGGUGCUUGUGACUGUGAGCCUCCUUAUGAGGUCCAAGUACUUUCAGACUAAGCAUAGAACAUUUUAAAAAUAAAUUUUGUGGUUUCAAAUAAUUUGCCUUUGUUCAAGUAAAUGCCUCACUAAUUAAAAUGACAUUUUCAAAGUAUAAUUUAAAGGAUAGACGUCGAUAUUGUCAGUAAAAGUUAUUAGGUUAGUAUAAAUUUAAUUUGAUUAUAUUUUUCAAUAGGUAUGACUUUUUUAAAUAUAUGAAAAAUUUUGUUUUUGUGUAUAA